GAGGACGAUGGCGGGUGAGCACGUGCUGGUGACGCUGCUGAUUCUCCCGGGUUUCUUCUCCAACUGCGUCUUCUUGGCGCUCUAUGACUCUCUCACGCUGCUCACACACGUGCUGGCCAUCCUCGCCCACUGCCACUGGACCUGGACCUGGACCUGGACCUGGACCUGGACCUGGGAGUGGGAGUGGGAGCGGCGCCGCAUGCUGACUAGCGCGGGACUGCGCGCCACCUGGAACAGUUUCCUGCUGGACGCCUACAAGCAGGUCAAACUUGGCUGUGAGGCACCCAACUCCAAAGUGGUGAAGGUGCCGGAGAGUCCUCCAUUGCGUCACAAGGUCAGCGCCAUACCUUUUGAGCAGACCGAUGCUACGGUCCGAACCUGGGACGAAUGCCGCCUCCUGGAUUUCGAGUCAUCCGAUCGCCCUCUGGUGGUCAACUUUGGCUCGGCCACCUGACCGCCCUUCGUCAGCCACUUGCCAGCUUUCCGGCGGCUGGUGGAAGACUUCAGCGACGUGGCUGAUUUCCUCUUGGUGUACAUCGACGAGGCUCACCCGUCCGACGGCUGGUCGGCCCCGCCUAUGGGCUCCUACUCUUUUAACGUGCGGAAGCAUCAAAGUUUAGAGGAGAGGCUGGGGGCGGCGCGGGAGCUCAUGGACCACUUCUCCCUUCCCCCGCAGCUGCAGCUGGUGGCCGACUGUAUGGACAACAACGCCAAUGUGGCUUACGGCGUGUCCAAUGAACGGCAAAUGCAUCUUGGAUCGAUGGUUGGGGACCACUGCUCCGGAGCGCUGUACCAGGUUUCACCCUUGAGCUAUGGAUGAUUCUGAGAAAGGUCCAACAGGUCCUUUCUAAAACUUAAUGACCGUAAAUGUCUGAGUAACUGUGUCCUGAGUAACUGUGUCCUGAGAUGUCACAUCUCAUGGAGACUGGGAUAUUAGCAUUUACAACAGCAUGGGACUUCACGCAUUUCCAGAGACUUGUUGAAGACUUUUAGGCAGGAUGGAAAGACACCAUCCUGGCCCGGACAAGCUUUUUAUGAACCAAAGCAACAAAGGAGUGGCUCAAGAAGAAUCCCUGCAGAAUCCUGGAGUGGCCUACCUUGUCUCCAGAACUUCAUUCCAUAGAAAUUCUAGGGAUGGAGCUGAAACUUUAUGUAAGUGAAAGUUUUAAAAGUGUCAGAAUUUGGAGAGUCUCCGUAAAGACGAGUGGACCAAAACCUCUCCUAAGAUUUGUGUAAUCAUGGCGACCAACUACGAAAAAAGGUCUGACAUGGGAUUUUGAGAAAGAAGGGGUUGGCCACCAAAUACUAAGUCAUGUUUUGCUUGAGGAACAAAUCAGUGGCCAAAUCCAAAUGAG